AUGCCUGUUUCUCUUUUCUUUCUUUCUAUGUUUUGUCUUCCAUUCUCUCUCUCUCUCUUUCUCUCACUCCCUUUUUCUCACACUCUCUCUUUCUCUCACUUUCUCUUUCUCUCUCUCGCUGUCAACUUCCGUUUCGUUGUGUCUUUUUCUCUUUUCUUUUCUUUUUAUCUGUUUCGUAUCCCACUCACAUUCUAUCUAUCUCUCUCUCUCUCUCUCUCUCUCUCUCUCUCUCUCUCUCUCUCUCUCUCUGCGUCUCUGCGGUGUUCAUUUUCUUUCUUUCAUCGUCUUUCUUCAGUUGUACAGUAUAUAACACUAUCUAUCUAUCUAUCUAUCUAUCUAUCUAUCUAUCCAACAUGUCUUUUUCUUUCUUUCUAUCUAUAUAGCUUCGUUUAUCCCCUAGUUCGCUUUUCGACCUCUCUUCCCCUUCCUCUCUCACUAUUUUCUACCUCUUCCCCUCUCACUAUUUUCUACCUCUUCCCCUCUCACUAUUUUCUACCUCUUCCUCUCUCACUAUUUUCUACCUCUUCCCCUCUCACUAUUUUCUACCUCUUCCCCUCUCACUAUUUUCUACCUCUUCCUCUCUCACUAUUUUCUACCUCUUCCUCUCUCACUAUUUUCUACCUCUUCCUCUCUCACUUUUUUCCUCUUCCUCUCUCCUAUUUUCUACCUCUUCCCCUCUCUUUUUUUUUCUACCUCUUCCUCUCUCCUAUUUUCUCCCUCUUUCCCCCUCUCCCCUUUCUACCUCUUCCCCUUUCUCUAUUUUCUCCUUUCCCCUCUCACUAUUUUCUACCUCUUCCCCUCUCACUAUUUUCCCUCUCUCCUGUUUUUCUACCUCUUCCCCUCUCACUAUUUUCUACCUCUUCCCCUCUCACUAUUUUCUCACCUUUUCCUUCUCUCACUUUUUCUACCUCUUCCCCUCUCACUAUUUUCUACCUCUUCCCCUCUCCUUUUUUCUCCUCUUCCUCUCUCACUAUUUUCUACCUCUUCCCUCUCACUAUUUUUCUCUUCCCCUCUCUCCUCUUUUCUACCUCUUCCCUCUCUCACUAUUUUUUUUUCCUCUUCCUCUCUCACUAUUUUCUACCUCUUCCCCUCUCACUAUUUUCUACCUCUUCCUCUCUCACUAUUUGCUACCUCUUCCUCUCUCAUUUUCUACCUUUCCCCUCUCACUAUUUUCUCUUCCCUCUCACUAUUUUCUACCUCUUCCCCUCUCACUAUUUUCUACCUCUUCCCUCUCUUCUACCUCUUCCUCUCUCACUAUUUUCUACCUCUCCUCCUCUCACUAUUUUCUACCUCUUCCCCUCUCACUAUUUUCUACCUCUUACUCCACCUCCAAUUUCUUCUUCGCUAUUUUUCUUUCUCCAAACCCCAUAUUUUUUGUUGAUCACUAGUUUUUUUUUUUUUAUGUUUCAUAAUUUUCAACAGGUUGACCUAUCUUUUAUCCCCUUUUCUUUUAUUAGACCUACCAACCUACUUACCUACUUACCUACCUACCUAUCUUUCGUUCUUUCUUCCUUUCUUUCUUCCUUUUAUUCUUUCUUUCUUUCUUUCUUUCUUUCUUUCUUUCUUUCUUUCUUUUUUAAAUCAUCAUAUUUCUUACCUUUCUUUCUUUCUUUCUUUCUUUUUUGGAUCAUCACAUUUCUUUUCUUUCUUUCUUUCUUUCUUUCUUUCUUUCUUUCUUUCUUUCUUUCUUUCUUUCUUUCUUUCAUGAUCUCCAGUCAUGCCUUUCUUUCUUUCUUACUUUCUUUCUUUCAUGAUAUCCUGUCCUACAUUUCUUUUCUUUCUUUCUUUCUUUCUUUCUUUCUUUCUUUCUUUCUUUCUUUCUUUCUUUCAUGA